UUCUCUUCCCCUUUCCCUGCCCUGCCGAUCUUUAUAUCUGUCCGUCUCUGCACGCACACACCAAUGAUCUGAUCUAUCUAUCUAUCUAUCUAUCAAUCUGUAUACCUCCGUUCCCAAUCGCCGCUUGGCACCGGCACCGGCACCGGCACCACCGGCGCCGCUCUCUCUCUCUCCCUCUCUCUGCACGGACAGGCAGGCAGGCAGACACACGCGCAUCUCUCUCUCGUCGCGCUCCACAUCUCAGAGGCACUCACUGACUGCCAAAUCUCACCGGCGGAUGGAUACUAGCGCCCCCUCUCUGCCUGCCCCUCUCUAAAUUCUCGAUCUACCCACGUACCGAUUUCCCCCUUUUUCUCGAUUCUCUUUUAUCCAAAUCUAUCUACAUCUCUCUACCUAUCUAUAUCUCUCUACCUAUUCCCCCCGCUUUCCGAUUUCUUCUCUAUUUCAAUCUUCUUCUUAUCGAUCUGACUGCAAUUCCCUUUCAUAUUACCUUCUCGUAUCCCCAAUUGCUGCGACUUGCUCCCAUUUUUCGGAUGAGGACGAUUAUUGAAUGCUCGGGGGAUUGAUAUUAACGCCAAAAUGCCCGGGAUUGCCCACAUAAAUAGCACUCCUCCUCCUCCUCCUACUGCCCCCACUACUACCAGCGGCAGUAACAAUGAUACCGAUACUUGUUGCAAGAAAACAUUGGCAGGAAAUGGAAACUUUAAUGUUUCUUCCGCUCCUAGCCAUGGAUUCUGGUCGAAUCAGCGUGAUGAUGUGAGCUACAAUCAGCUACACAAGUUUUGGUGUGAUCUGACAGUGCAAGCUCGACGGAAUCUUCUUAGGAUAGAUAAGCAAACACUCUUUGAACAUGCUAGAAAGAACAUGUACUGCUCUAGGUGCAAUGGCCUAUUGCUUGAAGGUUUUUCACAGAUUGUCAUGUAUGGAAAAUCUCUACAGCUAGAUGCUGCAGGAACCCCAAACAGUUUGGAUGAUGCAACCAAUGAAAAUGAUGGGGAGCUGUCCACUGGGCACCAAUACGAUGCUCCAAAUCCCUCUGUCCAUCCCUGGGGUGGAUUAACCACAGCCAGGGAUGGGACCCUCACACUUUUGAACUGUUAUCUUUAUUCGAAGUCCUUAAAAGGGCUAAAAAAUGUGUUUGACAGUGCGCGUACAAGGGAAAGAGACCGAGAAAUGCUUUAUCCUGAUGCAUGUGGAGGAGGCGGACGAGGCUGGAUAAGCCAAGGAAUUGUAGGAUAUGGUAGAGGGCAUGGAACAAGAGAAACAUGUGCUCUUCACACUGCCAAGUUGUCUGUGGAGACUUUGGUGGACUUCUGGUCUGCACUUGGAGAAGAGACUCGCCAAUCUCUUCUAAGAAUGAAAGAAGAUGAUUUUAUCGAUAGACUCAUGUAUAGGUUUGACAGCAAGAGGUUUUGUAGAGAUUGCAGAAGAAAUGUUAUACGUGAAUUUAAGGAGCUGAAAGAAUUGAAGCGCAUGCGAAAGGAAACUCGCUGCACAGAUUGGUUUUGCGUUGCAGACACUGAUUUUCAGUAUGAGGUUUCCGAUAACAGUGUUAAGGCUGAUUGGCAUCAGACAUUUUCAGAUUCAUUUGGUGCAUAUCAUCAUUUUGAAUGGGCAAUUGGAACUGGAGAAGCCAAAUAUGAUAUAUUGGGGUUUGAAAAUGUUGGAUUGACUGGAAGUGUUGAAGUGAACAAUCUUGAUUUAAGUGAUCUUGAUGCAUGCUAUAUUACCCUACGGGCUUGGAAAAUGGAUGGACGUUGCAAUGAAUUGUGUGUGAAGGCUCAUGCUUUGCGAGGCCAGGACUGUGUUCAUUGCAAACUUAUAGUUGGUGAUGGAUUUGUAACAAUUAAAAGAGGGGAGAGUAUCAAAAGGUUCUUUGAACAUGCAGAGGAGGCUGAGGAAGAAGAGGAUGAUGAUUCCAUGGAUAAGGAUGGAAAUGAGCUUGAUGGUGAAUGUUCUCGUCCCCAGAAGCAUGCGAAGAGUCCUGAACUGGCUCGAGAAUUUCUCCUAGAUGCUGCAACUGUCAUUUUCAAGGAACAGGUUGAGAAAGCUUUCAGAGAAGGAACUGCGAGGCAAAAUGCACACAGCAUUUUUGUGUGUCUUGCUUUGAAGUUGAUAGAAGAACGUUUGCAUAUUGCUUGCAAGGAAAUCAUUACUCUAGAAAAACAGAUGAAACUUAUUGAAGAAGAAGAAAAGGAAAAGCGUGAAGAAGAAGCACGCAGGGAGCGAAGGAGGACAAAAGAAAAGGAGAAAAAACUUCGAAAAAAGGAAAGAUUGAAAGUUAUAGAAACACAAGAAAUGCUAUAUCCUGAAUCAAAAUCAAGUCCUGCAAUUGAGGAUGAUAUAAAGGAGUCAACUUAUUCCAUCAAUCAGGGUGUCAAUAUUGUCCACUCCCGAGAUUCUGUCUGUGGAACAGCUGAAGCUCCAUGUGGUUCAGGAUCCCCUGAUAUUCACGAUGGCCAGAGUUUAACAGAGUGCAUUGAUUCAAACAUGGAGAAUCUUUCUGAAGAUAUUCAUGAUCAGGAUUUCAGCAACAAUAAAGAUUGGAGCUCCUCUUUCUUAUUUGAUCGUUUCAAGUAUUCUCGCAGGAAGUCAACAAAAUUUCGAAAUGAAUCAGCUGGUGAUUUUAUGAUAAGAUGGUCUGGCAGGAGGAAAACUUCUUCGGUAUCAUCAGAGAAUGAUGUGAUCCAUCGCAAACCUGAACCAAGAUGUCAUACUGAUGGUUAUGAAUCUGCUAGGAGCAUGGACAAGCAAUCGAGAACAAAUGAUGCUAAGGCAAACAACACUAGAAUCGGCAGCAAGUUGACUGAAAAAAUUGUCAAUCCUAGAAUGAGUGAUCGAUACAAUCCCCACACUUGCAGCUCUAGCUAUCAUCGAGAAUAUAGAUCAAGGCCAGAGUCACGGGUGACGCGAUCAGUGAGAGAUUCUACAUACGUGAAUAAGCUGGAGACUUCACCUGAUGAAAUAUCAAAGCCAUACUAUUGCAGCAACAAGCAUACCCAACUAGAGUAUUCACAUGUGAUUAAAGAGCAACCCAAAAUCAAGAAAGUUUCCAGCUACCCUUCUAAUUCGAAGAAAGUUUGGGAGCCACUGGAUGUACGAAAGAAGUGCUUCGAAAGCAACUUGGGACCUGAUGUUGCCUUGGGAUCCGCAGCCAAAGUAGAAGGAUCUGAAUCUGAUCAGCAACCUGAAUCAUGUUCCACUAGUUCUGAUGAAGUGAUGGACAUUUCAGUCCAAACCAAUGAGGACGAUGUGAGAGGUGUAGCAGAUUCUCUGGCUGAGGGUUAUAGAAUCAAUAAGGAUGCAUUAUUUGCCGCAGCAGAAAAGCCCCAAAGCUACUCAAAGGAAGCAGUAACUGAGAGUGGUGGAUUACAUUCUCUGACAAGAUCUCUACUAAGAAAUAUGGAGUCAUCACUAAACAGCUAUUCUAACUCAGAUAAUUGCUCCUCUUGCUUGAGUGAGGGUGACAGCAACAUGUGCUCAAACUCGCAGAACCUGGAAUCAACUUCCACAUCAGAUUCAGAGGAACCUACCCCAAAUUCUGGACAUAGAGAAGUUGCACGCAGCCUUGAAGCUGGUAUUCCUGCAUCUCCCAGAGUUGUGGUGUCAAGUGGACAGGGUGCUGAAAGCCAGAGCCUUACCCCUCCAGUAGCAGAUAGUUUGCCAAAGGAAACAGCGCUGAACUGUGGGAAUGGGAGAGCAGAUGUCAGUAGAAGUGGUCAGGCUCAAUGUCAGCUACUGCCUCAAAUGCAUAACUUCCCCAUCUUCCAGGCCCCUCCUACAGUUGGUUACUACCAUCAUCAGAAUCCUGUUUCCUGGCCUGGAGCUCCUACAAAUGGCUUGAUGCCCUUUCCCCACUCCAGCCAUUAUUUGUAUGCCAAUAACUUUGGAUAUGGUUUGAAUGCGAAUGCAUGGCUGAUGCAAUAUGGAGGCUUGCAGCAUCUGCCGCCCCCGCCCACAAUAGGUAAUGGUGUUCCUGUGCCUGUUUUCCAGCCAGUUUUGGAACAGGUGAAUGGGAUUAUUAGCAACAUGAAGGAACCAGCAGCAGCAGCGGCAGCAGCAGGAGGAGGUGGUCAUAGUGUAAUAAUAGAGAAGGUGGGUUCUGCGGAGGGACAAGUGCCAAAAGAUGCAGCAGCAACAACAGCAGUUGUGGACGGGGCUGACAAGAAGGUAUAUGGAGGCAAUGAUGGAUUUUCUUUAUUCCAUUUUGGUGGCCCUGUAGCUCUUACUGCUGCUGAUCCCGAUCCCAACCCCAAUCCCAAAGAGGGGGAUGGAAGCUCAGGCGAGGAUGGUAGUACCUGUCCAAAGCCAACAGCGGAGAGCUAUUGUCACGGUGAUGGUGAUAAUCUUAAUCCCUGCAGCUGCAGCAAGGAGGAUCAUCAUCAUCAUCACCACCACCCCAUAGAGGAGUACAGCUUAUUUGCGGCUACUAAUGGCAUUAAGUUUUCCAUCUUUUGAGAGAGGAGAUGCUGAUUGAUACAAUGAAAGUGCGCUGUUGCUGCUUUACUUUUAUUAAGUUUUGGUGGUGUUGGCUUUUUUGUUAUUUUUACGGUGAUAAUUUUCCUCUAAAUAAACUUAAAAAGAGUGAGAGCUGGAUUUGGAUUUGGACUUGGACAUUUAAGGGGUUGCUGAAUGAUCA